AUGACCUGCCCCGACUGUGGGGGAACUUCUGUCUGGGACGACGACGUCUGCUCAUCCAUUUGCACAAAAUGUGGUACUUUAUCUGACUCUGCUCAGUAUGUCCUUGCCUCUCAUACAGAAUCGCAUGACUCUUUCGUCCGCCAGUUUCAACCUGGCUCAUGGCUAUCUUCCUCUGCCGCUCCUCUCAAAAAUAUUCACAAGCAUGGAUGGAAUCUCGCUGGGCAGCACAAAGAAGCGCGUGACAGAAGGAACGCUAUCGCCAUGAGCAUUUUCAUCAAUUCUGUCUUGACGAAAUUGAAAAAUCCCGGUUUGUCCCCACGUGCAGAAGCCAUUUUCACACAAGCUAUGACCAAAGGCAAAUACAGGUGGGGACGCAAGGCAAAGCUAGCUGCCGGUGCAUCCAUGGCUAUUGCCCUACGUGAGGCACAUAAGUCGGAUUCCCUCCGCGAUAUUGCCUUUUUCCUUGAUGACUCACCACUGUCUAUGUCGCGCGCAUUCGUGGCCGUGGUAUCUCUUCUGGAUUUUGACCUAAGUUCACCAGACUCAAUUGUCCAUCUUCCCAUCCUCUGGGCUCAUCUUCAGUCCUUAUUACAUCCUGAAACCGUGUCUUCCACUUCUCAUCUACCUCAGGACCUUGUUGCCAUCCUCACACCGUUGUCGUCUCAUGCGGUAUUGCGUACUGCUACCUCCCUAUCGGGUAUCAUCAACCGAGAGGCUUGCGCUACACACGUACUACAGUCUCCCACCCCUCCUAUCGCCUGUGCGAUGCUUAUUCUCGCACUUGAAGCGGAAACGCGCAACCCCCUGCCACACCUAAGUGAACUAGCCAACGCGCUCGCAUCGCGCUUUGGCUUUGCGCGUGGUGUAGUCACAUCGCGUUACAAGGCAUGCUAUGAUUUAAUCGAGGAAUGGAUCCGAGAGGUCCCUUGGCUCGAUCAGUUCGUAUACAAGGGGAAGGGCCGCGGUGCUUCUGCGCGAUCGAAAGUUCCGAAGCGCUCUAUUGUUGCGAAGGGAAUCAUGGAUGUCAUCCAAUUUCAAGAGGAGAUAUGGACGAAGAAAAUGACUGCACUUGGAAAGGCUAGUAUCGUAAUUGAGGCGGAUCCGACAGAGGAAGACAGCAAUAAGGAUGAUGGGGCUUUUUUUUCGGAGACAUCUUCAAUUACUGAACCUCCUGAGCUUUGUCAUCACCCGCCCCGCAAAAAACGAAAGACAUCUAGCGUCGAAGAUGCGUAUCAUUUUCUGCUUGAUCCUUUGUCCGCGAAAUCUUAUACUCUGUCGAACCCUAUGGUAUCCGAGGACCCGGGCGCUUCGACAACGCGUUCUGAUACUUCUUCACCUAUUUUAUCACCGCCAAGUGUUCCUUUUACGACGCAUCUCCUCAGUACUUCGUCGUACGAUUCGAAGCGUUCUCCUUCUCGUCUCCAACUACUAGCUCUUAGCCGAGGUGGCGGGUCUGCGGAGCACAUUCAUGACGAUGAACUAUUUGUAGCGGGUGAACUUGAAGGACUUCUUCGAAGCCAUGAGGAACAAGAGGCCCUGAAGCCACUGUUCAGACUCCAGUGGCAGGAAGAUGCCGACACAGUCGCACUCCACGCAAAUCGUGGACCAGAGACCGCCAGAAUGGAGGUGAGUCGGGGCUCGGGACGCGUCGAUAUGGAAGCUUUGGCACGGAUUCUAGGCGGGGAGGAGGUCUUUGAUGACAAGGAACAUGAGGCGGAAAGCGAGUCAUCAGCACCGACGACGCCGAGACAUGUUCAAUCAGACGCUGCCGAGGAGGUAAGCGCUUGGCGGCCACUUUCGCCCGGGGAUGCUUUUACGAGGCAUUGCACCAGUAUGGAUAGGUACGAAGAGGAGUACUGAUAUGUCUACGGGUUGGACCCAAGGCACCCCUGCGGUCGGUGCAGAUGUUCUUGUUUUUUCAUGCUACAGCACUUUUACUGUCAUGUAAGUAUCUAAGUGAAUAUCUCGCGCUCAGAAUGGUUAUUGAACUUGCCUUUUGUUUGAAAGCUGAAAUACAAGGUAACUUUUCAUUUGGUUCGUAUCUAGCCUGUGCAAUGAUGGCGAAUAUCACGCCUCCCUAGGUUGUGU